ACCAAUCUUUUACUAAAAUUAAUACUUCUUGUGGAACAAAUUCAGAUAAUACUCCUGAACAGAUAGCUGAUAUAUCUGAUAACACAUCAAAUUCCGAUAUAUAUCAAGAGUCUUUGACUCAAUGCUCUGCAUCACCUAUCUGUACAAAAUCUAAAUGA